GCUGCAUCCCUGCGUACAGCGCCUAUGUCCCGCCGCCGUUGCCACCAUGCCCACGAGAAAGGCUGAAGGGGAUGCUAAAGGAGAUAAAGCCAAGGCAAAGGACGAACCACAGAGAAGAUCCGCAAGGUUGUCUGCUAAACCUGCUCCUCCAAAGCCAGAGCCCAAGCCUAAAAAGGCCCCUGCGAAGAAGGGAGAGAAGGUACCCAAAGGGAAGAAGGGAAAAGCUGACGCUGGCAAGGAGGGGAAUGACCCUGCAGAAAACGGAGAUGCCAACACAGACCAGGCCCAGAAAGCUGCAGGUGCUGGAGAUGCCAAGUGAAGGGUGUGCGUUUUUGAUAACUGUGUACUUCUGGUGACUGUACAGUUUGAAAUACUAUUUUUUAUCAAGUUUUAUAAAAAUGCAGAAUUUUGUUUUACUUUUUUUUUUUUUAAGCUAUGCUGUUAGCACACAGAA